AUGAAAAGUAAGAGCAAUGGAUUCAGAAAUACACGCUUCCAAAAUUGCCCUAACCUAAUCGACGCCCUAUUCUCUCUCAAACCUCCGACACUCCACUCCUCCACAUCGGCUCUCCGGUUUCACAUCUCCGGCGUCAUCGUCGCACAGCAGAGGUCGCUUCAGCAAACACUUGGUGGGCAAAUGUCGAAAGGGCUUAUCUGGGCAACUGCAGAUGAUCUGGCAAGAAAUAGGGGAAAGCAAGAUUGCACAGGAAAGCACAGGCACGUGCCAUUUUCAUGUUGGCUGCUGAAGAACGAUCCAUACACAACAUUAAAGAUCUGUUUGAUAUAG